AUGAAGGCAGACAGGGCGGAGGCGGCGUUCGACCCGCUGAAGAUCCCCAUCGACAUCCUGCCGCUGAUCUUCGAGCACCUCGUCGAUCGGCGCGAUCUGCAUGUGUGCACACAGCUCCACAGCACCUUCCAUGCGGCGGCGACACCGCUCUUGUACCGGACGCUGGACUCGCGUGUGAUGAAGACACGGCUUGGACGAUCGGCGGUCUGCCACCCGGCGAGCACACUGCUGAAGAAGCCGGAAUACGCCAGAUACGUGCGCCAUGUCCGAGAGACAGGUGAGCAGCAGGGCGCGCGCGUCGAGAGGGAGCUGAGCGAGUGCGCAGGGGCGAUUGGAUUCAGCAAGCCGGAGCUGCUGCACGACUGCGAGCAGGCGCUGAAGCUAUGCACGAACAUCCAGAGCUUCAGCUGGAGCGACCAGAGCCCCGACGCGUCGCACAACGACGAGGUGCUGCUCGCGUUCCUGAACAUCCUCAAGGGCCUGAAGCUGAAGCAGCUGACGAUCCGCACGUACAUGGGGCUCAGCGAGGCCGUGUGGGACAAGCUGCAAGAGUUUCGCGGGCUGACGAGGGUCGCGCUGUGGGUGAUGGAGGGGCAGCCGCGGGUGCUGCAGGGGUGGUCGGAGCAUCUGGGCUCGACGCUGACCCACCUGGAGCUGGGGCGCACCGCCGGCGUCCCCGCGUCGAUCCUCGUCUCCGUCUUCUCGCACCUCGCGCAUCUCCGCUCACUCCGCCUGAAGGGCGCGCCGACGAGCGCGAUCCUCGAGAUCCUCCGCAUCCUCCCUAAGCUCGAGAGCCUCGACACGGAGUACUUCGGUUCGGGCAUCUCGCACUGGCCCGUCGAGCCUGUCGCGCGCCUGCGCGAGCUCACGGUGCGCACGAGUUCCGUCGACGUGCAGGGCCCGCAGCUGCUCUGGUCCUGGAUCCGCCAACUGCUCCCCUUCCCCUCGCUCGAGUCGUUCACCCUGAAUGCGUUCUCGACCCAGGGCGAUGCGCCGCUGCCCCGCCGGUUCUUGCUCGACAUGGCGAAGACACACGAAACUACGCUGAAGCAUUUCAACGUAUCGUCGGCGCUGCUUACUCUCGAGGAUGUCGAAUGCCUCUGCACGAUCUUCCCGGCCCUAGAGACUCUGUCGUGCUCGAUCGCCUUCUGCCAGGAAGCAAGCCAGCUAGAGGCAGCCGUCGUGAACGGCCGCAACCUGCGCGAGCUGCGCCUGCACACGAGCUGGGUGCCGUCGCGCUACGGCACCGAGCAAGUCACGAUUCCCUUCGCGCUCGAAAACGCGCGGAAGCUGAUGCUCCGCGAAAAGUCCCGCAUCCGCGUAAUCGGCGUUGGCCGUGAGCUGUACACGGUGCGUAGACAGCUCCCGAACCCAUCUGAUAUGCUGAGCGUCGUUGGAUGUGAACAGGGUCAAUGGGUGCGAACCGCAACGAGGGACGAGCUCGUGUUCGAGGUUGUCCGUGACUUCGUGUAUGAUGCUUGA